GACGUGGAACAAGUGAUGAGAAACCUUGAAAGCAUGAAACAACAGGGUCAACCAGGAGGGAAACGAAAAAGCCUCGCUCAAAUUCGAGGUCUGGUUGCAAUCGCCGGUCUCUAUGGUGGAUUCACGCCAUCUUACCCACCUAAAUUCUUGAUGAAUGCCCAAACAUUUUGCGACAAUUUUCCAUUUCACAUUGUGUUCGACAAAGAUCUAAAAAUUAAGCAGUCAGGAAUCCAUAUUCAGAAGGUCAUGCCAAGAUUACGUAACUUCGAUGCUAAAGUCCCCCUGUUUUUUAAAAUUAACCACCCUCAAAUUGAGUGGAAUUUGGAAAGCAUAAACAAGUUCAUAAAUCAGCAGUUUAUACUGGAAACCAAGAAAUCAAUGGUAGCAACGGAAUGGGAAGAAAGACCUAUGCUGCAGUUACGUGGUCAAAUGGUUUGGGUGAAAGAGUUUGACAGUAUGAUAUAUCUAUGUUCUCCGAGACUAGAAAGCCUCAAAGAAAUGGAAGAUAGAGCACUUCAUUUGUCUGAUAUCCCAUUGCAUGACGUCACGCGGGAUUUAAUACUUUUCAACCAGCAAAAAAUAGCAGAGUUGGAAAUCGGCAAACAACUGGAGAUGAAAAAAGAGCAAUUGCACAGGACAAUGAAAGAAUUAGAGUCCGAAAAAGCUAAGACUGAUAUGUUAUUACAUUCUAUGCUGCCAAGGCAAGUUGCCGAUCAACUGAGGGAAGGGAGGAAAGUUGAAGCAGGUGAAUACACUCAGGUGACAUUACUAUUUAGUGACAUUGUUUCAUUUACUACCAUAUGUUCCCAGUCAAGACCAAUAGACAUCGUUAACAUGCUUAACAGUCUGUAUGUGAAAUUUGACAAGUUAACUACAGUUCAUGACGUCUACAAGGUUGAGACGAUUGGUGAUGCGUAUAUGGUUGUGGGUGGCCUUCCAGUACCAGUUGAAACACAUACAGAACGAAUAGCUAACAUGGCGCUUGGAAUGAUCAUUAUGUCUCUUGACGUUACUUCACCAGUCACCAAAGAACCGAUUCUGAUACGGGUUGGUAUACAUACUGGUCCAGUUUUAGCAGGCGUAGUCGGUAAAAAGAUGCCGAGAUAUUGUUUAUUUGGUGACACAGUUAAUACUACAUCUAGAAUGGAAAGUCACGGCGUACCCGGUAAAAUACACCUUAGUGACAUAUCUGCAAGACGCUUAGAGGGCCGUGGUUUCCAAGUGAUGAGACGUGGUGAAAUUACUAUCAAAGGCAAGGGUACCAUGACAACGUACUUCCUAGAAGGCAAUGCAAAUGCUUCAGAAGAUGAGCUAUUGGGAACGGGUAUUCAACAAAAUGGCGACUAUUCUCGUCAAUCGGACGAAAUGAAAUAUUCACCUUCGAAAGGUGUAAACGCUGGAGGUGAUAAUUACAACAGUCCCGAAUCGUUAAUACCAAUGUAUUAUCCAGAUAACGUCAAUGAAAAUAAAAGACCGUCGAUCACAACUGUCACGCCAUUUAACAGUAUGUCAAACAGUCGUCCUCCGAUGACCAGUGGUGACGUUAUAAUCGGUAAUGUUAAAGUCAACGAAAGAACAACCCGAAAAUAAUUUUAAGUUUCCUUAGAAUUAAAGGCACAAAUCUAGGAUCGGCGUCAUCUCUUGUGAAUCAGAAGACAGUGGAAAACUAUGGAAGUGAGUCUACCAUAAACAAAAAGUCCGG